GAGCAAUAACCCUUCAGAAGGCGUGUUCUGAAAUUAACCAAGAUGUCUGUGAAAAUGACAGCAUCCCUGCUCCUGCUCCUGCUCCAGCUGAGUGACUUCUUUGAAUCUGGAACUGGUGGGAAGGUGCUGGUGUGGCCAAUGGAGUUCAGCCAUUGGCUCAACUUAAGGGUGAUCCUAGAUGAACUUCUGAAGAAGGGUCAUGAAGUGACGGUUCUGAGACCUUCGGCAUCCUUAUCUUAUGAGGUUGACAACACAUCUGCUAUUGAAUUCGAGACUUAUCCUACAUCAUACUCAUUAACUGAGCUAGACGAAAUUUUCUGGGAAUCACUCAGAAAAUAUAUUUAUGAGCUGCCAAAGCAGUCAUUUUGGGGAUACUUUUUAAUGUUUCAAGAAUUGGUUUGGGUAGAUUCAGGUUAUUUUGAGAGUCUCUGUAAAGAUGUAGUCUUUAACAAAGAACUCAUGACGAAGCUACAGAACUCUGGCUUUGAUGUCAUCCUGGCAGAUGCCUUCAUACCCUGUGGUGACCUGCUGGCCGAGAUUCUCAAGAUACCCUUAGUGUACAGUCUCCGCUUCUUUCCUGGUUCCACUUAUGAAAAGUACAGUGGAGGACUCCCAAUGCCUCCUUCCUAUGUGCCCAUUGCUAUGUCAGAAUUGAGCGACAGAAUGACAUUCGUGGAGAGGGUGAAACACAUGAUCUAUGUACUUUGUUUUGACUUUUGGUUCCAAACGUUUAAUGAGAAGAAGUGGAACGAGCUUUACACUGAAGUAUUAGGAAGACCCACUACACUCUCAGAGACUAUGGCAAAGGCAGACAUAUGGCUCAUUAGGACCUACUGGGAUUUGGAAUUCCCUCACCCUGUCUUACCAAAUUUUGAUUUUGUUGGUGGACUCCACUGCAGACCUGCCAAACCCCUGCCUAAGGAAAUAGAAGACUUCGUCCAGUCAUCUGGAGAACAUGGUGUUGUGGUGUUUUCCCUGGGGUCGAUGGUGGGAAGCCUAACAGAAGAAAGGGCCAAUGUGAUUGCAGCAGGCCUUGCCCAGAUUCCACAGAAGGUUCUUUGGAGAUUUGAAGGCAAGAAGCCAGAAACCUUGGGCUCCAACACUCGUCUGUACAAAUGGAUCCCCCAGAAUGACCUUCUAGGUCAUCCCAAAACCAGAGCUUUUAUAACUCAUGGUGGCACCAAUGGCAUCUAUGAAGCGAUCUACCACGGGAUUCCUGUGGUUGGCAUUCCUUUGUUUGGAGAUCAAUAUGAUAAUAUUGUUCACUUGAAGACCAAAGGAGCAGCAGUUAGACUGGACUUUCUCACGAUGUCCAGUACAGACUUGCUCACUGCACUGACGACAGUCACUAAUGACCCUUCCUAUAAGGAGAAUGCCAUGAGAUUAUCAAGAAUCCACCACGACCAGCCAGUGAAGCCCCUGGAUAAAGCUGUCUUCUGGAUUGAGUUUGUCAUGCGUCACAAAGGAGCCAAGCACCUUCGUGUGGCAGCUCAUGACCUCAGCUGGGUCCAAUACCACUCUCUGGAUGUCAUUGGGUUCCUGCUGGCCUGUGUGGUGACUGUGAUAUUCAUCCUCAAAAAGUGUUGCCUCUUUUGUUGUCAGAAGUUUACAAAAGCUGGAAGAAAGAAGAAAAGGGAAUAGAUGAACUGAAGAAGACUGACACAUAGACCUUUCCAGUGCCUCA